UCUGAACAGCAAAUCUGUAGCGUCAAAUGGCGUUACUCUAAAGUCACCCCUAUCAGCUGAUUUUGAAAAACCCAUAAACGGUUUCUCGAAAGUACUUUCUAGAAAGUACUGUUCAGUAAGCCUCACUGUUAUAAAGUCACAGUUUAUUAACGGUGAAUGCGGACCUUAGAGAGGACAUCGCGCUGUUACUCCGACUCAGUUUGACUGCAGACUGACAACGGAUAUCUUCAACGUAAGGGCGCUGUAAUCACUUUCUGCAUGCACAGAUUCCUCACGGAUUCCUCAAAACAAAACGUCUCAGGUAUAUUGAGCCAUGGUGUAGCUGAGGCUCAGUGCCUGCCCUCUGUGGAGCUGCAGGCAGGCCUGUGUGUGCCUGCACUCACUCUGCGCAGUGUUACUGCUGCACUUGGUGGUUGCAGAAUAAGGGAGAUGAGUGGUGGAGCUUUCAUGCCUGCGAGUUCCCCUCAUGUCCUCUCAGCCUCCGCGAGACCGAACCUAGUGCCAAGCCUGAGCAGUGACAUAUUACCACAGUAUGAGAGUUUAUUGCGUGGGAGUCAUGGUAACAUGCUGCUUUCUGCCGUCCCGCCAAGGCCCCACAGCUGUGGGAGCCAGGUCUGGGCGGAGCGGGUAAUUAGCAGGACACUGAAAAGCAGAGUGUCGGUGUUGGCACAGCGCAAGUCAGCAUUGCAAAAAGCUGGUGCACCACGUUAUCCCUAUGAAUGGACCGAUACCAUAUGAAAACUAUCCAUGGACCCAGGAGCCAUGAGCACAUCCCCCAGGGAUCCGCCCACCCCACUGGCCUGCAAGCUCUGCCUGGGACAGUUCCCACCGGAGCACAUGAGCACCGUCUCCCAGUGCCAGUGCAUCUUCUGUGGCGAGUGUUUAAAGCGCUACAUCGAGCUGCUGAUCACAGACGGCCUGCAAACGGUGAUCACCUGCCCAGACUCCGCUUGUCUAAAACACGGAGAACUGCAGGACAGCGAGAUUGAAUCUAUAGUGAGUGCAGAUGUCAUGCAGCGGUACAGAAGGCUGCAGUUUGAGCGAGAGGUGCUGCUGGACCCCUGCCGGACCUGGUGCCCGUCCUCCUCGUGCCAGGCCGUGUGCCAGCUGAAGGCAACAGAGGCCUCCACGGCCCAGCUGGUGCAGUGCCCCGACUGCAGCCUGCGCUUCUGCUCGGCAUGCCAGGCUGACUGGCACGGCGGGGAGGUGUGCCAGGAGAGCCUGCCUGUUAUGACCUUCGAGUCUGAGGAUAACGGUUCCAUGGGUAGCCACGAGGAGGACGAGGCUCUGAUCAAGCGUUGUCCGAAGUGUAAAGUGUACAUUGAGAGAGAUGAGGGCUGUGCUCAGAUGAUGUGUACGAACUGCAAGCAUGCCUUCUGCUGGUACUGCCUGGAGUCACUGGAUGAUGACUUCUUACUGACGCACUACGACAAAGGACCAUGUCGGAAAAAACUGGGUCAUUCCAGAGUAUCUGUCAUCUGGCAUCGGACACAGGUGGUGGGUAUAUUUGCUGGUUUCGGCCUGCUGCUGCUGGUUGCCUCCCCGUUCCUGCUUCUCGCCAUGCCCUUCAUCUUAUGCUGCAAAUGCAACUGCCGCCGCCAGGACGACAACCUCUGAGCUACGUAGGGCUCCCACCCCCUGCAAAAACUCCCAACUCCCUGCACGGAGUCUCUGGAGUCCUCCUCUUCCACUGCUGUCGGGUCCCACACUCUUCCUCUCUCACAAACCUGCCCUGUUUGCGGGACUCUUUGUGGGACCCUUUGGAGCGUAUGCAGAGGUGAGGAAUGUUCCACAGCCAUCGGCUCUGAGAGGAGCCGGGGUACUGGGAUGUCUGCCAUCCGGAGGAAGGAUUGGAAUGUGAGGAGGAAUCCCAUUCUGAAGACCAGUUGGACAGCGCACUGGUUCUGGAGAUGUCCGCUAUUCCUCUCAUCCUCCCAAAGCUCCUCCUGGCUUACUUUAUUGCUUAAGCUUAUUUGGUUUGAUUUUCAAGUAUGAAAAAAUGCAGAACUAGUCAUAGGCUGACUGUAUUAAUAGCUGUAAUUCCGUGUGUAUUCUGUGUGUCUCCUAGCAAGCUAAUCGACUCUAAUACAUUCUUCUGAUUUUUCCAAUUUAUAAACAUUGAAUUUUGUCUUUAUGUUCUUGUAGCAGCAGCUGCCUUUGUGACCUCGGUAUCAUCUUCCACUUGUUCUGUUAGUUUCUUGGUGCUUUACUCUUGCUGUAUGUGGUGCCCUGUUCCAGCUGGGAGACGAAUGUGGCUAAACAAUUUCUAAUUUCACUGCAAAAACCUGUGCUCGUGAGUCAUAUCUAACUCAUAUUUGUAUUACUACUCCUCACAGAAUCUCUUGUCUCACACAGAAUUCACUGUUACUACUGUACCUAAUUCAUGUGGUAAAUAGUAAAAUGUUUAGGUGUAUUUUUGUUCUCUUUCUCCCUCUCUUCCUCCUUUUUGGUUAUCGUAUUUUGUUUCUUGCUGAAUACCCACGUGUCAACUCCCUUCCCUGAUGUGCCGGAGCCUCUGAGGAAUCAGCUGUGCAGUCUGUUGCUCUACAUGUUUUGAGGGGGACUUGCAAACAACGAAUGUUGUGCAAGUGCAAUAAUACAACGCUAAUAGUUUAGUAAGAUUCCUUUAGUCUGAAAUGGUUGUAACCUGUUUUCGGGGCAGGGGUUCAGUUGGGGUGAGAAUUUUUGUAUAAGAUUUGCUAUUUUUGGCUAUAUUUUAAGGAGAUUCACAUUUCUGUGGUUUAUAAAUAUAACCACGGUGUUGAAAUGCAGAAGUGUGGUCUUUUUCCUUACAUAAUGAAAUGCGUAUUUUAAGGGCUACAUGUUGUCAGCAAAGUGAUUGAAGUUGUGCAGUUAUUUACAUGUUCAUAUAUAACUUAGACAUGGUUGGUCUUCAUGUGGAUAUGGUCCAGACUGUAGCUGAAAAUAGCAGGCUUCAGGGACAUACAAAUCUGACAAUAUAGGACAGACCACAUGUCUAUCUGAUUACAUCAGGAAAACUACAUAUGAAAUUAGAAUUUUACACAUUUUACUAGAGCUAAAGGCCACAGAGGGUGCACAGAGCCAUUCAGACAUAGAACUGUACUUUCUAAUUCAAAGACGUCCUUUUCUUCAGUUAUUCGUGGUGUGUACUGUGUUGCACAGCUGAGAAGGGAGAGACGCUCUCGGCUCUGCCAGCUCGUCGGGCGUGCAGUGAGAGUCUCAUCAGUGCUCUCGUGGGGAGCGCGGGGCUCUGGGUACGAUGCGGCAGCAGCUGCUUGCAGCGUGGCCGUCUGCGGCCAGCCGGGCAGAGGGCCCCUCGCGGGGCCUGCGGGCAUCUGCCUGGCCCCGCACCGCUUCACCCCCCGCAUCACAAAUUCAUGCGCUGCUCCACCCGCACCAUCUGUGUCGGUGCUGAGCAGAAGCCUCCCCCCCCCCCCCGGUCACACGCAGGAGAGGCUGGAGCAGGCUGGGUUGGGCUACACCACGCGCCACUGAGCUCCCCCACCUGGGACGGGGAUGGAGCCCUCAGUCAUGCCUCUUUCAGGGUGUUGGCCAAAGAGGAGAGCAUGUUACCUGCAGGAAACUCAGACCAGAAAGGUCACUGCCUAUGAACUUAAAAUUUCUCAGUAAACAUUAAAACUUGCUCAUUUUUUUUCCCAAGUAUGAGGCAUGAAAGACAUUUAGUUCCUAACACCACCUCGUUGCACAGAACACAAUCACUAGAUUUUUCAUCAAGUUUAAGGUUGAAGUUUAAUUUUUUUUUUUUUUUUCAUUUCUGCUUACCCUUUGAUCCACUGGAAUGAGAUGCCAUUUCUUCUAGUCCAUGGUGCAAUGCAACAGCACAGCAGCAAAGAACUCAAGACUACAGAAGUGGGACAUGACAACACAACCAUGCCAGUGGAGAUGAAACAGGAAAUACAAUGAACACAGUACAGUCCAGGUGCCCCUCCUCUGGCUGUGCAGGCCGGUUGUGGCCCAGCGGCUCGCUGGCAGGUGUUGAUGGUGCUGUCGGCCGAGGCCGGGGGAGCUCGGCUGGCCCUCGC